AUGUCGCUUACAAAACCAACUAUAUUCGAAGAUUUAAGUAGUGAUUUACAUAUUUCAAUACUUGAAUAUUUGAAUGCUUAUGAAAUAAUUGAAUCAUUUUAUAAUUUAAAUGACUAUUUUAAUCGACUAUUAACUGAUUAUCAUUUAUUAUUACAUUGUACAUUGCUCAAUGAACACAAUGAUCUUGACAUUCUUUUAUCAAUUUUUUGUUUACAACAAUUAAAAUCUUUGAAAUGUUACGAUUAUGAUCUAUUACAAAUGUUAAAUCCAAAUCAAUUUGUAUGUCUUCAUUCUUUGACUGUAUUUAAAUAUGCUACAAAUAUACAUGAAGAAUUAAUCAUUGGUUUUCUUCUAAGAAUUCCACAAUUAAAAUAUUGUCAAAUUAAAAUCUCGCAAUCUCAUCGGCGAGUUGAAAUUACUCCUUCAAAUUAUGAAAAAGAUGAUGAAGAUAUCAUAUCUAAUUUAGAAUAUUUAGAUAUUGAAUCAAAAUCUAAUUUAUCAUUUUCAUAUUUCUAUUCAUAUAUUCUUCGACAUACACCUUAUCUUCGAUAUUUUAAUAGUUCUUUAACUUGUCAGAAUAUUAAUUCUAAUAUUAUGUACGAACCUAUUGAUAAUUUAAUCUAUUUAUCAAGAAUCAUCUUAAAAAUUCAUUCAACGAAAUUUGAAUUUUUAUAUUUACUUUCCCAAGCAACUCAAAAUCUACAAUAUUUAAGAUUCGAUUGUUCAGGAUCCCCAUCUGAUCGAUCAUUUCUCGAUAGUCGAAAUUGGGUACAAUUUCUAUCAUCAUGGAAACAUUUAAAAUCUUUAAAUAUAUAUAUUAAAAUCAAAUAUACACAUAAUAUUGAUACUUUUCAAGCUCAUGGUAUUCAGCAAACAUUUAAAUCAAUUCCAUUUUUACUCGAACGUCAUGUAUGUCCUGAGUUUUAUCGACGGGGCAAUAAAACACAAGUUCAAUUCAACGCAUAUUAUAAAGCAUAUUAA